UAGUAGUAGUAGUGGUGGUGGUGGUAGUAAUAGUAGUAGUAGCAGUAGUAGAGAGAAGUUAGGAUAAAUAGAAAAAUAGUAAUAACAGUAGUAAUAGUAGUAGUAGUAGUAGUGGUGGUGUUGGUGGUAGCGGGAAGCAGAGUGAUGUUAGGUCAGGGGUGAGGCAGUGGUGGUGGUGGUGGUGGUAGGGCAGACAGGUGGCAGUGGUGGUGGUGGUGGUGGCAGGACUGGUAUAAAAAUGCAGGAAUACAGGAAUUUGCAAUCAUUUCCUGUCUGGACACCGCAGGGGAAACAUCCUUCUCUGUUCUACUGCUGGUUGAUAAGAUGAAGUUACUGGUGGUGGCGGUGGUGGUGGCGGCGGGGGCAAGACAGUGCUACUCACAGACAGCGAAGGUCAACACCACGAAGGUCACGGCAGAUGGAAGCGAGGUCACAGUCCUUGGUCAACUCGUUCUGGACCCGAAAACUGGCGAGGUCACAUUUCAAGACGCCACUGAAGGUCCAACAGGAGGUCACAGCGGAACAGAACCAGGUCACAGCACGCCAGGAGGUCACCAGGCAACCAGCACAGCACAGCGAGGUCACAGCGGGGUCAAUGGAGGUCAAGGUCACAUAGGUCACUUCCCUGGGUCACAAUUAGCAAGAGGGAGUGUUAUAGGUGACCAUUUGACCUCUCCUGGAUUCGCAAAUGACCCUUUCUUGACCCCAGUGCAUCCUUUGACCUUAGGGGCGGUUUUAGGGGCGCCUGUGUAUGAUUACGUGGACUUUACUGGCUUAGGAGGGGCUGGGUUUGGUGGGGCUGGCUUCACUGGAACUGGGUUUAACGGGGGUGGCUUGGGAGGACUUGGCUUUGGCGGGGCUGGGUUCAAUGGGGCUGGCUUAUCGGGAAGUGUAGUAAGACAAGGUGUGAGUUCUAAGCCAGUUACUGAUAAGCCAGGCGUAGCGGAAGAGAGAGAUAAGCCAGAGGAAAAGGAAAACAAGCGAGGCAAUCAAGAAAAUGAGGCAAACAAGGAAAACAAAGACAACAAACAAGAAAACAAACACAAAGCAGAGAAGCAUGAAGAGACAGUGACCCAGAAUGACCCAGCAAGCUUCCAAGGUCACAGCUCAGGUCACGGAGGUCACGCUGCCAUACCAGGUCACAUUCAUGGUUUUGGAGGUCACAGUCCGGUAUUAGGUCACAGUUUAGGAGGUCACAGUCCGGUAUUAGGUCACAGUCCGGUGUUAGGUCACAGUUUAGGAGGUCACAGUCCCAUUUUAGGCUUCCAUUCCUUCGAGGUCGGUCUUCACCCACAAAGCACAUUAGGACACACCCCUUUUGCCUUUGGGGGUCACUCCUUAGAAUUCGGCUUCCAUCCAGGUCACGGCCAGGUCACGGGAGGUCACCUGGCUGCCUUCCCGGGUCACUUUUCUCCGGGUCUCGGGUCAAACUUCGGGGUCUUCGGUCAGGGGAGGUCACAGCAGCAUGGGGUCACUGCCAGCACCACCACAGCCAAGUGAAGUGUGUUUCUGGUUGUGACAGAUUAACGUUUGUUUGAUAUGACAACGGUAACAGUCUUGGAGAACCGGCAAGUUAUCAAGAUGGCCUUAGAAAACAGUUUUGAUAAAGUAACACGGAUUUUUAAGGGUGUUCUCAUGGUCUUAGUGAAAGAUUAGCAACAUUUCUGCUUUAUUAACUGGAGAAACACUUUAAAGAACCCGCAAGUCUUAAUUAAGUGAUAUCAGGUUUUUUAAAGGUGUGUUUAUGGUUCUAGUGACAGAUGAACAAGAUUUCUACAUUAUGAACAGGAAAAACAGCCUUAAAAAUCUUUGGAGAAUAAUUGUGGUGAAGUUAUGAGUGUUUUUAAGAGUGCUUGGAGACUGUGAGUGCGUGGCGUGGUGCGUGGUAAAGGUGAGUGCGUUGGUAGGAGUGUGUGGGUGUGACAUAAUGACUGUAGUGUGAAAACUUGAAUAUAAACAAAUUAAAGUAUUGCAGUUA